AUGAGGCAAGCUGAGCCGGAGCAACACUUUUUGGAACAGCUGCAUCACGAGGAGACGGUGCAAGUAUGCGGUCUAUUGCAAAGUGAUGACCCCUGCUCGACUAGUGCGGAGCUGAUCGUUGUGGGCAUCCCGCGUGAACCUCAGGACUUCGUCAAUGAGGCGGUCAAAGCGGGACACCCUCGGAACGGGCUUGCUUCUAGUCGGUCUGGGCCGGCUGCUGACAUCGUGGAUGCUGUGCUCUUGUCCUUCGAAGACAGGGAGAAGAGGGCUGAAGCCGCAAGGCAGCGAUGGAGCAACAUCGAGGCGACUACGAGGUCUCUUAAUGACAAGAUACUGAAGGGCAAGCCCAAAUACUUGAUCGAGGCUCUUGGUAACAAGAAUGUCCUUGCCUGGAGAGACAUCCUUCGACACAAUGGCUUCAAGGACGAUCAGCUUUGGGCAGAUUUGAGGGAUGGCUUUCGCCUCACCGGGAAAACGGUGGUGGAUGAGACCACCCGCAAAGCUUGGGCGGAGACGCUUGAGGAGGAGAAGAAGGGAUGGAUCUUCCGAGAGGAGAUGGCUGCUGGCAAACCGAUGGUCAUUGCCCAUCGGUUUGGCUUGGAACAAAAAGGCAAAGUCAGGGUCAUUGACAACGGCAAGGAAUGUGGGCUUAAAUUGGCUUGCGGCUUGCCAGAAAAGUUCACCUUGCACGGAGUAGACGUUCUGGCUGGUAUCUUCGUCGAGCUGCUGAACAGGCCGCUUGCCAGAGGAUUGCGAAUCAAAGGGAGGACUAUUGAUUUGGUUUCAGCUUACAAGUUUUACCCCAUACAUCCUGAAGACAGACAGCACCUACGGAUUGGGGUAUUUGACACCGACUCCAAAGUUGUCCGAUUGUACGGCACUAACGUCUUGCCCUUUGGUGCUACAGGAAGUGUUGCUGGCUUCCUUAGAGUAUCAGCUGCGUUGUGGCACACCGGGGUACAUGACAUGGGCCUUGGCUGGUGUGCCUAUUUUGACGACUUCCCUCUGUUGGCAGUUGAAGGCCAUGAGGCUCAGGUGAAUAGCUUCGCGGGAGAGGUCUUUGACGCUUUAGACGUGGAAUACGCCAAGGAAGGGAAGAAGGCUACGGAGUUUGGGGAAACCUUCAACGCCCUGGGCCUUUCUUUUGACUUGACCCGUUUCCGUGAUGGUGUGGUGACGCUGCGCCACACCGAAGCAAGGACUACUGAGCUGUUGGAGACGCUUGAUGGGAUACUCCAGGAACGCAAGCUUCGUCCCAAGGAUGCUGAGGUGCUUCGCGGCCGGAUGCAUUGGUAUACGUCUUACCUCUUUGGCCGG